GCAGGCGCAGAAGGGAGGGAGCGGGUGCGUGCCGCUAACCAGUCGGCGCGGGUGGCCAAGUCCUGGCCGCGAAAUCUCUCUUUCAGUUGAAAACCCGAGGCGCCAUGGCGUUGAGGUCCAUCCGCGUAGUGGAGCUGGCCGGCCUGGCCCCGGCACCGUUCUGCGGAAUGAUCCUGGCGGACUUUGGGGCGGAGGUUGUGCUUGUGGACCGGGCCGGCGACCCCGCGGCAGUGCGCCUCUUGGCCCGAGGCAAGCGCUCGCUGGCUGUGAAUCUGAAGCAGCCGCGGGCCACCGCCGUCCUGCGGCGCCUGUGCGCCCAGGCAGACGUGCUGCUGGAUCCCUUCCGCCACGGUGUCAUGGAAAAACUCCAGCUUGGCCCCAAUAUUUUGCAGAAGGAGAAUCCAAAGCUUAUCUAUGCCAGAUUGAGUGGAUUUGGUCAGUCAGGAAGGCUUUGUAGGGUAGCAGGCCAUGACAUCAACUAUUUGGCUUUGUCAGGUGUUCUGUCAAAACUUGGCAGAAGUGGUGAGAAUCCAUAUGCACCACUGAAUCUCCUGGGUGACUUUGGCGGUGGUAGCCUCAUAUGUGCACUGGGCAUCUUGAUGGCCCUUUUUGAACGCACAUAUUCUGGCAAAGGUCAGGUCAUUGAUGCAAACAUGGUGGAAGGAGCAGCAUAUCUAAGUAGUUUUCUAUGGAAAACUCAGCACUUGGGUCUGUGGGAACAUCCUCGAGGACAGAACAUAUUAGAUGGUGGGGCACCUUUCUACACAACUUACAAGACAGCGGAUGGGGGGUUCAUGGCUGUUGGAGCCAUAGAGCCCCAGUUCUACAAGCUGCUGCUCAAAGGACUUGGGCUAAAGUCUGAUGAACUUCCUGAUCAGAUGAGCAGGGCUGAUUGGCCAGAAAUGAAGAAGAAACUUGCAGAUAUAUUUGCAAAGAAGACAAAGGCAGGAUGGUGCCAGAUCUUUGAAGGCACAGAUGCAUGUGUGACUCCAGUUCUGACAUUUGAAGAGGUUACCCAUCAUGAGCAUAAUAAAGAACGGGGCUCAUUUAUCACUGAUGGGGAGCAGGCUGUAUGUCCCCGCCCUGCACCUCUGCUGUCAAACACCCCAGCUGUCCCCUCUUCCAAAAGGGAUCCUUUUGUGGGAGAGCACACUGAGGAGAUACUCAAAGAAUUUGGGUUCAGCCAGGAAGAGAUCGAUCAACUUGAGUUAGAAAAAAUUAUUCAAAGUAAUAAGCCAAGAGCUAAUCUCUAAAUUCCAUAGCUCAAGUGAAUAUUGGAUUUACAGUAGAGACUAAUCCCUAAAAUGGUAUGCAUAGAAAUGUGAAAGAACAUUGCAGUCAUCCGACUAUUCUAAUCAAGAAACAAGAUUCUAAUCACACACUAAUGAUUGAAUACUGAUAAUGAUUAAUUAACAUCAUGGCUUUUGAUUGAGGAAUGUUUUUAGCUUAUUUAUAUUAAAUUAUGCCAAUUUUUCUGCCUUCCAACUUACUUAAUUUUUGUAUUUGUUGAUGUUAAAUACUUAAAUGAGUUAAUAUAGUGUUUUUUAUUAAACAAAGGUUUUUUUUACCCUAAAA